AUGAAGCUCUCCUGGCUCCUCUUAUCCCUCAUUGUGCUGAUGUCCGCACCUCAGGCGAAACCAGCAUCAGAUUCUUCGUGCAUUCACAAUGACAAGGAAUUUUUUAAACUCAUUGAAGGUGAAUCAUUUUACUUUGAAAUUGAGGACCCUAACCUGCCUGAUGAAAAUAUUACUUGGUACAAAGAUGGGCCGGAGAUACAGAAUAUUACCACAGAAGAGACACACAGGAUACAUUACCAUGGUGGAGCGCUCUUAUUCUUAAACAUCAGUGCUAUUGAUUCUGGUAAUUAUGCUGCAAGAGAAAUUACCCCCUCAGAUAAAUGUGUCUACCACCAUGUAAAAAUUGAAGUCUACAGUAAAAACAGUCGAGAGAAGGUCACCUAUGGAAGUAUUAAAAACUCUGACCAGAACAAGUUAAUUGAAUGUCCAGAUCCCGUUGAUUACAUUUGCAUGACGUUUAAUGGAAACUUCACUUGGUUAAAGGGCAACAAUCUGCUACCUGGUCAUCAUGAAAACAAAUUGUGGAUCGAAAAUGCAGGAAAAAAAGAUGAGGAUAUCUACACCUGCGUAUGUACCUGGAUACACAAUCAAAAGAUGUACAAAAACUCAGGUUCCAGGAAGCUUAUUGUUCUAGAUCGACCUGUCUAUCGUGAUGUAGAAAUCAUCUCUCCAACCAGCAAGGAACAGUUGGCUAAUAAAGGCAUUAGCAUUAAGCUGAACUGUACAGUUUAUUGCGGGAUUAAUGCACAACGGGAAUGCAAAGCCAGCUGGUACAUUAAUAAUGAACAAGUAAACCAGAUGGAUGGAUACAAUGAAGCCACCAAAUUAGAAAUCAAGUAUCCUUCGAACAACACCUUCUACACUGCAAUCCUGACCAUCAAACAGGUUUCAGCAGAAGAUUUUAAGCACAAGUUUAUGUGUAAAGGCUCUGGAUUUUAUUCCGCAAAUAAUACAACUGUAACCCUCAAGCAGAGAGAGUCAUGCAUCCCCCUCAUCAUAACAGGAAUAUGUGUGUUUUUGAUUGGUGUGUCUGCUGCUGCAGUGGUGAAAUAUUUUGCCAUUGAUCUGGCUCUGUUGUUCAGGCCCUACUUAUCACCAAGUAGAGAUACCAGGAUGUACGAUGCUUUCGUGGUUUACCAGACACAGAGCUUAGAUGAGGAGGCAGAGGAAAAACUGUCCAGUUUUGUUACAAAGAUUCUGCCCUCAGUCCUUGAAGACAAGUGUGGAUAUAGACUCUUCAUCCAGGGGAGAGACGACAUACCUGGAGAAGAUCGUUUGAAGAUGGUGGAGAGCUACAUUGAACAAAGCAGGAGGUUGAUUGUCAUCUUAACCCCAAAAUCAGGAUCUGAGGUGAUCAAAAAUCCAGCCUCAGACCAAACCUUGGUCAUUGGAGGAUUCGACUGGCAGGUUGGGCUCCACCAUGCACUGGUGCAGAGGGAGAUAAGUGUGAUUCUUAUUCAACUUGGGGAGACUGGGCCGCAAGGAUACAGGCAUCUUCCUCCAGGCCUGCAGCAUCUUAUCCGUAAGAGCGCCCCCAUCAAGUGGCCAGAGAGUUCACGGAAAGCUCUUAAAUGGAACUCGCACUUCUGGAAAAGAGUCCGAUACAUGAUGCCAGCUAGACCUGCAAAAAAAAUGGGUUUAUCUGCUGUAAUCUAAAGCUGCUGAACUUUAAAAUGCGCUUCAGAAAAAAAAAAA